GGUACAACGACAUCUUUCUCGACGCAACCAACUACAACAACAACAGCUAAUUACGAUGCAGCGACAACGGCAGCCGGAACCACAGGAAAUGACAGUUUAGAUGCCUUACAACAGAGCAUUAAAGAAGGUUGGACAGUGCAUACCGCGAAAGAUGGACGUCUCUACUACUGCAAUCACAUAACAAAAACGGCUGGAUGGUUACCUCCGAUAGAAAACUGGCGACCUGAUUAUGAUUUGCCCUAUGGAUGGGAGCGAGCAGUCGACUUGAAAGGACAAUAUUACUACAUAAAUCACUUGAACAAAACUGCAACGUACGAGGCACCCGAGCGCUACGAAAACGACGAUUCACCACCGAAACCCCGUCAUGUCACCCUCAAACGCAGCCCGACGUUGGGCUUUGGCUUCGUUGCGGGCAGCGAACGUCCCGUCAUCGUGCGUUUUGUCACCGAAGACGGCCCGAGCGCGCAAGAUCUCCUGCCCGGCGAUCACAUUCUCGAAGUCAAUGGGGAAGAUGUGAAGGAAGCGCCGCGCGAUCACGUCAUUCAACUCGUGCGAAAUUGCGAAGACACGGUAUCGCUGGUUGUGUGCCAACCGCACCUCUGUACAACAGUUGGGCGUAAAUCGACACUCUUGUCCGCCGGCAAAAAGGCAAAACUAAAAUCAAAACCGAUACGUGUCCGAUUUGCGGAAAGUGUCUGUGUUAAUGGAGCACCUUUGUUUCCCCCAUCGGCAUUUUCUCUUGGUGAUAUCUGUGUACCCCAAAUGGCUAACGUGCUCAAAGUUUUUCUCGAGAAUGGACAAACUAAAUCAUUCAAAUACGACUCAACUACCAAAGUUCAGGAUGUAAUGUCUUCCUUACAAGACAAAUUGUGCAUAACUGCCAUCGAGCAUUUCAGUUUGGUCGUUGAGCAUGUAAAAAGUUUGAAGCGAAAUAAACUGACACUUCUAGAUCCGCAAGAAACUGUUGCCAGAAUAGCAGCGCGUCCCGGUGCCCAUAAACUACGUUGCUUGUUUCGCGUUACUUUUGUUCCCGUAACGACGCCCGAGCUGGCGGAAAAGGAUCUCAAUGCGCUUGAUUAUCUGUUCAUGCAGUGUUGCAAUGACGUGGUGCAGGAACGCUUUGCCCCCGAGCUGCAACCCGAUGUGGCAUUACGACUUGCCGCAUUGCACAUCCAUCAACAUGCGUUAGCCAACAAUAUAUCACCGUCAAAAUUAACUGUUAAAACUGUUGAGAGAGAAUUUGGACUGGAACGAUUUGUGCCUGCCUCAUUAGUGGAUAGUAUGAAGCAUAAGGAAUUGCGACGACUGAUAGCACAUUUUUUAAAAUUAAACUCCCAAAUGACCGGUUCAAGCACGAAAGUGUUAACGCAACUGCAAGCAAAAAUCCAUUAUCUAGACAUAAUUUCCGGCUUACCAAGUUACGGCGCCAAGUGUUUCAGUACAAAUCAGCGCGAUGGCGUCGAACGCGUACUCCUCGUCUCCCCCCGCUUCGGUCUAAGUCAAAUUAUCGGCAUUCGCAGUUCCGUGCCGCAACCAAUUUGCACAAUUGAGGAACUCUCCCGUGUCUCUGUGACAAAAAUUGACGAAGUUUCUGACGCCGUUGCCGUAUACAUUGCGCCAGAUCGCCUCAUCACGUUCCCCAUGGAAAAUCGCGAGGCAUCCGAAUUUGUGAUAGUUUUAAGCGGUUAUUAUCGCCUCUUGACAGGAAAAUCUCUCGUUGUGGACCAAGAACGCGAAAUCCAAAUCGAAGACAUUCCGCCGCCGUAUUUGUCGCAACACACAAUUAUUCCGGCACCCUGGAGCUAUUUCCCGUUUCCGCCGGAAAAGCAAACUUACAGCAUGGCAUUCCUCAUGCCGCCGCCAUAUCACUCGACGAAGCAAAUUUUGACUUCCAUGAAGUCGAACGAGUUGUGCGAUCGCAACAUGAACAGCACAGUGGCGGCAAAUCAGAAUCACCUGUCGACAUUGGAGCGUUUUGAGGCGAAACGAAACGACGAUGUGCUGCGACGCGUCGUUGAAAUGCAAAAAAUGGUCGAAAAUAGCGAACAAUAUUUGAACGAACACGGCGAUUUUAGUACGACAUCUUGCGGCGAGCACGAAAUUCGACCAAAUAUUCAUGAUCCGUGGCGCGAAUCAUCCGUGGAUUUUGAAAGUGACUGCGAAAGUGUCGGUAGUUCGAAGCAAUCGUACAAUAUUGAUGGAAAUGUGCCGCCGCCGGGCGUUUUGAAGCACAGUGACUCGUUAACGUUGCUCAGUGACACGAUAAAUUCCGAACUGAACGACAUCGAACGCGAUUUGAAUUCAGUAUUAAGUCCGUUAUACGACAAAAAUCGUGUGACGCCGCAACAAUUGACGCUAAAUAACGGCACUCCGAAGGCGGAAAGGAAAGUUCAGGGUUUCAGCAAGAUCAUCAGUGACCUUCAAGCGUUGGGGCAUGAUUUGUCGUUGAGCGAAAGUGAUAAUGAAAGUGUUUAUAGUCCCAAUAGUUCGCCCGUGCAUCAAAACCAGGUGAGACAAAAUAACCAGAGAAACCGCCUAAAUCGACACAGUUUCGGGCUCCAUAGUCCCGAUACUAAUGUCUUUCCGGUUGAACAGGAAAGUGCGAAGCUACGGGAAUAUCUAGCGAAGUUGCGUGAAAAUAGUUCAAAAGAAAACGAGCGAAAUCAGGAGCUUUUAGGUUUUAAUAUGGCCGACGAAUCGAUGAUCGUGAAUGAUCCCGAUCUCAUUGAUUUGACGUCAAUUCCGCCGCCUCAAACCCCAGAUGAGCUAGAUGCCCUAAGUACGCUUCCCGUUCCGCCUCGAGGGUUCGAUGACAAGCAAAAACAGACAAAUAUCGAGUUGGAAGCGUUCAUUAAGCAGGUAACGAUCGUACCUCCCACACAAAAGGCAACUCCCGCUGUGGAGUUGACACCUGAAGAAAUUCUCUCAUUCAUUAUUCCGCCUCCUCCUGACCUUAACGACACCGCCGAAGCAAAUCGUGACGAGCAUUUGUACUGCAAUAAAGGUGAAAUUGCAAAUUCAGCGUCCCCAAAUACAGAUACCGUCGAUUCGAGUACCUUGAAUGGUAACGGAAAUAUUAUCGAGUAUCCGUCUCUCGAUCGAAAGCCCUUUUUCUGUUGCGGUAAGACAUCGGAAAAGGCGAAAAAUGCCAAAAACGAGGAAGAAUCGACGGAAAAUGGGUUCCUAAAGCCGCCGCCGCGACGAUGCGUGCAUUCCGAUCAAAAUCCCAUUCCGCAACGUCCUCCGAAAAACAUUGAUUUGCAACGACGCACGAAAAGCCCGAGUCCGUGUCGCGCCCAAACGACACACCUGAAUGGAUUUUCCGAUUAUAAUGAUGCCGUUCCGCCAUCGUUACCGCCACGCGAUGCCACGUCACAAAUGUCCCCGCCAUUGCUCACAUUACCCCCGAAAAAACCUCCGCUUCCGCACAAACCAAUCAUCAAGAGUCCCAUUCCGGUCAUGAAAAAUUCGACUCCCGUUCGCACCGCUACCAUCGGAUCACCUCAUUUGCAUAAACCAGCCAGUACAUAUCAUGAUAUUGAACGAGCUUUUAAUUUUAGUAGAGAAGAUAUCGAACAAAAUCGUGCCCCGGCGUGUAAUGGGCACAUCAGAUCACGCAGCGAUUGUCCACAAAUCCCGAAUACGAAGCUUUUUGCGAAUGGCACGACGCCUCAACCGCCGGUUUCAAUGCUUUUUUCGCCGCAACUCGCCCGUAAGCCACAACCGCAGUUCAGUACGCCGCCUUUGAGUCCUUUUUUGACGUCACAUCGACACAUGAACGGCUCCGCUGGCAUGAAUGUCGAAGGACUUCUUGCGAAAACGGACUUUGCCAUGGCAGGGUUGCAAGUAAAACUCGAUCAAAUCGCGAAUGCCUGUACACAAGCGCAACAUGCGGGCGGCGGCGUCGAUAUUGACGAGCAAAAAUUUCAAGCAGCUCGUGAUGAACUCACGGAACAAGCAUUGCAACUUGUAACGUCGUCAAAACAACUCGUUGUCGCAAUGUCAGAUCCGCAUUUAAAUAGUCUUCCGGAACAUCUCACCGCUUGUCUAACGGCAAUUCGGAGAAUUACAGAGCUCGGGCAGGUUUUGACGCAACAUACGUCGUCGCCGCUUCAAACGAGGAACAUUAUCCUGAAAAUUCAUGAUGUCGCGUCGAGUUUUCGUGAAUUGGCUUGUGUGAAAGUUGGUAGUACAGCGCUUCCGGGAGAACUUGCUUUGCAUGCUGAAUGUUUGGCGAAUGUUCUUGCAACACUGCUACGGAGUCUGAGACUUUUUUCACCAUAA